UCCAAGCAGUAGCGAAGAAAAUCACUUGAGAAGCGACUAGAAAUCUUUCUUGACGUACAGUCGAUAACUAUAAACAUAGUUUGAGAGCAGUUAGUGUGUAUGUUAGAUAAAGGUGGUUUCAAAGCACCUUUAUAUAUUACAAAUAACAGCAUGUUUAAACGCUUUUCGUUACAAACCAGCAGCCCGAUGUCCGCAGAAGCUCAGCCGAGGGUGAGUGACUCUGCACGGGCAGCUGCAGGAAAGACCACCCGCUCAACAGGAUUGGAGGCUUCUCCUACAGCAGCAGCUAUGGAGAACAGCCCAACUGAUAAACAAGCAAAAAGGUGGAAGAAAGGGAUCCGUGCAUUCUUUCGGCGAAUAGGGAAGGGGCUCAAGCGUUGCACCCUCUGUUGGCCUGGAGAGAACAUGUUGAUCCCAUUUCCAUGCAGCGAUCCCAAUGAACCCCAGCCAGAAUUAUCUGGCCUCCAAUGGGCAUUAUCAAUCGAUCCGUGCCCAUCAGGUAUUGAGCUGCCAAUUAGUGCCAAUCCUGAGCCACCAUCAAUAUCAGGUCCAUCAACAGUUGAGUUGACAUCUGACAGUGAUCUGGAGCCAUCACUUGUUCCAAGUCUACUCGAGAUCGAUUUAGAGGACCAAGAUCUAUCCAGUCUGUUAUCCGAGUUAACAACGAUGCCAGAACCAGAUUGUCUUACAUGGGUAAAACCUGUGUCAAGUCUGACACCUGAUUCUGAGAUUCCAUCCAUCUCGGCUCCAUCUGCAUCUGAGAUCACACCUGUAUCAGGUCCAUCUGGCUGUGGGCCAAAUAAUGAGACGGGAAAGUCCAUCUGUGCAUUCUUCAACCGGACAUGGAAGUCUUUUAAGGAUCGUGUCCUCCUCUGGCGACGGGGCAACAAAGUGGGCCUAGAUCCAGUUGGCGUCCCAGUGUCUCCACAGUAUUUGGAAGAUCUCCUGCCAGCAGUCGAAACACAAAGAAAAAGGAGGAAGAAAAAGAAGGAAGAUCUCCGUCCACGUUUAAGUGGAAACUUUUGGGCGUUAACUGAACCAGCUCCAUCUGGUUUUGAGGUGACACUUAAACCUUAUCCAGCCAGCCCUGAGCCAAAAACAGACCCAUGUCCAGCCGGCCCAGAGCCAAAGACAGACCCAUGUCCAGCCAGCCCUGAGCCAAAGACAGAUCCAUGUCCAGCCAGCCCUGAGCCAAAGACAGACACAUGUCCAGCCAGCCCUGAGCCAAAGACAGAGCCAUGUCCAGCCAGCCCUGAGCCAAAGACAGACACAUGUCCAGCCAGCCCUGAGCCAAAGACAGAGCCAUGUCCAGCCAGCCCUGAGCCAAAGACAGAGCCAUGUCCAGCCAGCCCUGAGCCAAAGACAGAGCCAUGUCCAGCCAGCCCUGAGCCAAAGACAGACCCAUGUCCAGCCAGCCCUGAGCCAAAGACAGAGCCAUGUCCAGCCAGCCCUGAGCCAAAGACAGAGCCAUGUCCAGCCAGCCCUGAGCCAAAGACAGAGCCAUGUCCAGCCAGCCCUGAGCCAAAGACAGAGCCAUGUCCAGCCAGCCCUGAGCCAAAGACAGAGCCAUGUCCAGCCAGCCCUGAGUCAAAGACAGACCCAUGUCCAGCAAGCCCUGAGCCAAAGACAGACCCAUGUCCAGCCAGCUCUGAGCCUGUGGUCUACCAGGGUCCAGUUGAUAUUUGUGCUGAUUCAUUCAGUUCACCUCUAGAUCCAGGCCUAUCCGAUCUUGUUUUGGAGGCAGUAUCUGAAUUAGGAUCAUCCAGUCACGAAGUGAAGCCUGAUCUGGAGCCAUCAUCUGCAUCGGGUCCAUCCAGUUGUAAGCUGACGCCUGGUCCAAUUUAUUCUUGGCCGGGUAAAGGAUCAUUUUACUCCUUUUAUGAUGUGGGAAAGAUUCUGGGAAGUGGAGCCUAUGGCACUGUGAAGUUGGCGAGACGCAGAUUUGAUGGCCAGAAGGUUGCUGUCAAAUUUCUUAAAAAGAACACAUGGGACAAGUUUAUCAAUGUGCCUGGAUGUGCCAAACCUUUGGUUGCGGAAGUGGCAGUGAAUCUGCUGCUGCGCAAAUCCCAAAGCCCCCACAUCGUACAAAUGAUCGAUUGGUAUGAGGAGCCAGAGAAGUACAUCCUCAUCAUGGAAUAUCCAGAUCCAUGUGAGACCUUGGAAAUGUUCAUCAGUGGCAAAGGAGGAUCACUAGGAGAAACUGUGGCUCGUGGCUUAUUUCGCCAAGUGGUGCUCGCAGCCAAACACUGCGCUGACCAGAGCAUCUUCCACAAAGACAUCAAAUCAGACAACAUCCUGAUCAACACGGACACGCUGCAGCUCAAAUUGAUUGACUUUGGCUGUAGUGAGCUUAUUAUGAACCCUACCUCUAUAAAUCAUGAAUGGGCCAUGAAAGAAGCCAUUUGCAGCUUGCGAAAUCUGCUUAUAGAAAUGGUGAGCGGAGGCCAGCAUUUUAUGUCAUUUCUGACCAGAAAAGAUGAUCAGUUGAUUCCAGGAUAUUCCAAAGAGUUUCAAGAUCUGAUAACUCAGUGCCAUAAAAAAGAUGACGGCGGAAGAGCAACGUUGGAGCAGAUCUUGCAGCACCAAUGGCUUCAGCAGGUUUGAAGGUAUGAAGACACCCAAGGUGCAGGUAGGGGAACAGUUCCACAUUUUGGAUUCAUUGUCUAGGAAGUUACUGGAUGACUUAGAGAAGGAAAUGAAAGCAGUCUAGAGACAUAAUAGAGUUGAAUAUGAGAGUGCAUCUCCUCUUUUUGGGAUACAUAAGCCUAAUUCAUGGGGUCUCGGAAGAAUCACAUUUCAAAAUGCAAACCCUGUAGAUACAGCUGAAUUUGGAGUAACUUGACUUACUAAAGGCUGAUUUAUACUUGUUAGUUCGCUUGAGUAUGCUCAACGAAUGUGACGUCACAGUGGUAUUUGUGGAGGUUGGCUUUGGGUGCACGCGACUUGCUUUCGGCUGGUGGAGCGCAUACAAUUUUUUGAGACCCGAGCGAACAGUUUGCGUAGUGCUGCGAUUCAUUUGAGUUGAAUAUGAAUCACCUUGAAGAGAUUUUGUUACGCCUGUACAGACAUCUGUAUGACCCGUCCAUGCGUGAUCAUAGGGUUAACCAGAGAAACCAAAUGUGCUAUAAUUAGAUAUAAAAUAAAUAGACAACACGAUGCUGAGCCGGCAUCGCCGAUCCUCCGCCCCGUCCCCGUCGCAAACCCGCUCGUGAAA